UGAUUUGUAUAUUGAUAUACCCAUGAUAUAUGAAUAUUUAGGAGUAAUCAUUGCGCCGCAUAUUGAAAAGAGGCACAUUACACUUUUUCAAGUACUUAUGAUUUCUAAAAGUAUUAAAUCUGCAAAACAAGGUCAUUUACUGCUUAAAACAAUAAUCAGACAUUUGACAGAUGACAUGGGACCUAUUUUUGCAAAGAAUAAAUGGCUAGAAUCCAAUCUUAAGUUCAAUCAAUGGAUGAGUGAGGAGCAGAUACCAUCAUGGAUAGCAGAUAAUAAAUUUGAAUAUUUGGAAGGAGCUACAACAUCUUCUGAAGAAAACAAUAAACCAUAAACACCAACUGAAACACAAUAAAUUACUUAAAUGUAUGAAUUCAGAUGGAAAUUACUAAUAUCAAUCCCCGCCGCCCGACCGUCGUUACAAUAAGACGUGUUUCAGUUAGCUCCAUAUUUAUAAUUAAAAAUCUAUACCAAAAGUUAUUAAUUUGACCUUAUUUUCAUAUUAAAUUCAGGAAUAAAGUGAAAUCUAUUAUACGCAUUACAGUUCAUCAAGAAAUAUAAAUUGUGAGUGCUAAUAAAUAUACAUAAAUGAUACGAAGAAAGCAAGUUAUAACCAAUAUACCCGUUUAUUCUAUCAACAAAUACAGUGGGCUGGACUUUGGACUUACACUGCAGUUCGUUGUUGAGCUACAAAUGCAGCGCAUGUAGAUAUUACACGUUGAUUCACUUCAUUACGUCAGAAGCUUAUUGGUGUAGCGUAUAGCCGCCGGAAUUCUAAACGAAUGACUGAAGAUCGCUACAAAACGUGUACUUAAGUUUUUUUUUUUUUUUUUGAUGUACACAUUCAUUUUUGUACAUUACAUUAAAUAAUAUCGAUAUUUUGCUGGGUGGAAUAUAUAUAUAUAUUUUCUUUUACACCACAGAAGUACCUUUAAUUGCUAAAUAGCUAGAAUUGUCACGUAGCAAUGCCGCUUAAGCGUACACCACCGCCUUCACCUAUGCCUCAACACAAUACUCCACUAGAACCAGAGGUAACCACUGUUUUUUUAAGAGAUCAUUCUUCUUCUACCUCGAACGUAACUUUAAGGUUGUCUCCUUCUGAACAACUUCAUAGCUCCUCUUCUGAACCAAAUUUAAAUGAGGUUAAAUUUACUAAUACUGCUCGAAAACGAAAACAUUCACUCUAUGAUGAUGAUAAAUUAAAUACAUUUAUGACAGAAAUGCAACAAAUGUUUACGAAGUUUAAGGAGGAUCAAAAUAGGAGGAGUGAGCGAUUGUGUUCCAUUGUUGAGGAUAUUCGGAAUUCAGUGGACUUCCUAGCUCAUAAAUACGACUCGCGUCAGUCGAAAGUGGAUAAGUUGGAAUCGGAUCCUAAAGCGGAUGUUCAAUAUAUGAGAACUUUGGAAGAUAAAAUCGAAAAUUUAGAACGUAACAGCAGAUCAACCUGCCUGGAAAUUAGGAAUAUUCCAGUAUUGUCUUCUGAAACUAAAAGCGACCCUGUUGAGACAUUUGUUAAAACCUGCAAUGUUAUAAAUGCACCAGUCCAGAAUAGCGAAGUAAAGGAUAUAUUCCGCAUCAAAACUAAUGAGCAAGCAAAUAAAGGGAAGACAAUUAUAGUGGACCUUACCAGCUCUUUACUCAAAGAAAGGAUAAUAUCAAUGUACCGCAAAUAUAAUAGAGGUAACUCUAAACUAACCACAGAAUAAAUUCACAUAAAUGGAACACCACGUCCAAUUUUUAUCUCGGAAAAUCUAACGUCUAAAAUGAAGAAAUUGUUUUAUUCGGCCAGAGAAUUCGCAAAAAACCAUGAUUAUAAGUACUGUUGGGUGUCUCAUGGAAAAAUUUAUCUACGCAAAAGAGAAAAUGGCGCUGUGAUUCGAGUAACUGACGACUCUGUUCUUGAGAAAAUUUGCGCGUCAAUAUGACUAUUUAUUGGAGUGGCGAAUACGAUCUUUGUGUCAGUGCCUGUAGUGAUCAUGUUCUUUAAAGUUUUUUAUUGUAUUGUUCAUUUUAUAGUUCUCAUCUAUCUUCUUCUUGAAAAUGUAUAUUGUUACCUUGUCCACAAUCAUACUCGUUUAUUCACAACACUUAUACACAUAAAUACACAAAAUACAUACUACAAUAUUACUCAACAUAAUAGAUCUUCAUUGCCAAAAGAUAUUAAAACCUGUUUCGUGCUAUAUCGUGCUAGGGUAAUCAUUUUAUACCAUUUUAUAUCGUUGUGUUUGCUCUGCGUAUUAAAUCCCCUGUUUACUCUCCUCUAUAAUCAAUUAUGAAUAAUUCGUACCAAAUUAAUAAUGAUAUUGAACAGAUAUCUGUGUCGGAUUCGCUAUCUUGUUCCCCUGAGGACAUACCCGUGCAUUUAAAAUCUAAUAAUACCUUUAAUAUUUUUCAUGUUAAUAUUCGGAGCAUAAAUUGCAAUUUUAGUAACCUUUUAACACUGCUUUAUAGCAUAAAAAUAAACAUUGAUAUUAUAAUUCUAACCGAAUGCUGGUUAAGGAAAACACCCUUCAUUCCUAUUCUUCCUGGAUUUGAAUCUUUUACAUCUAAUUAUAAAAAACAAAAUGAUGGUGUCGUCGCUUAUAUUAGAAAUGGUCUCGAAUGUACAGUGGAUGUCUCCGAGUUUCAUGAUGCAAAUUGCAUAAUCGUAAAGUUUACCAAUGAUGUUGCCAUUGUAGCAGUAUACCGUUCCCCUUCCUAUACAAAUUUAAAACCAUUUUACGAAAGUCUUAAUAGUGCACUCAACACCAUCACAAGCUAUAAAACUAGUGUUAUUAUUGGAGAUAUAAACAUUAAUAUAUCUUCCACAAAUAAUGACCCGAAUUCUGAUGAAUAUCUCAAUAUGAUAGCGACGCAUGGUAUGCUCCCAGCUUACACUUUGCCAACAAGAGAAAACAGUUGUUUGGAUCAUGUCAUCUUACGUUCUUCUAAUUAUGUAUCUACUUUUGUUCUUGACUCUCUAAUAACAGACCAUGCUCCUAUUUUAUUAUGUUGCAAUACAAAUUUAUACUCAAUCUCUGCAAAACGUUUCACUCAAAAAUGUAAUAUUUCGGCAGUCGUAAACGAAAUAGAAAGUACAGACUUUACAUCAGUUCUCAAUUCCAGUGAUCCCGAGAUGUCUGCGAAUCUUUUCGUUGAACUGAUAUCCAAUAUCGUUGCAGUUCAUAGUAGCAGUAUAAAAAUUCCUAGUAGAAAACGCAUUAUUAAGCCCUGGAUCACUCCAGGUCUUCUGAAAUGUAUACGUCAUAGAGAUAAAUUGUACCAAAAAUCAAAAAAAGAGCCAAAUAAUGAUAUACAUAAAAUUAUAUAUAUUAGAUAUCGUACCUUUUGUAACAAUCUUUUGAAAAGGAUUAAAAAGGAAUUUGAGGAAAGUGAGAUCACAAAAGCUAAAGGAAAUCCCAAAAAGACGUGGAAUGUUAUCAAGCGAAUAGCAAAUCUUCAAAAAACAAAAACUGAUGCUGGUUCAUUAUUAAAAAUUAGUAAUAAUCCCAUGUCUUCUAUUAAUAUUGUUAAUAAGUUUUUCGCUAAUGUUGGUAAAAAUCUAGCAUCCGCUAUUCAGUCUCAGUUAGACGGCAGUAUAAACGCUCAACAUAAUACGAACUUACAAUAUAUCCCUGACUCAACUAGUCAAUUCUCAGCUAACUCUAUGGCACUUUUUUCUGUGGACGAUAGGGAGGUUGAAAAUAUAAUUACCAAUUUAAGAUGUAACUGUGCUGUUGGAUGGGAUGGUAUCUCCAAAUAUUAUAACUUAAAGCCCAUAAGUAGUGCUCAAGAUUAUCCCGAAUACUGUUUAUGGUAUAGAUCUAAAACCAUAUCAAGCAUAUACGAUGACGAUAAACAAAUCGAUGCUUGA